AUGUCCAACCCAGCUAUGAAGCAGUACUUCAAUUUACUUCCAGAUAAAUUAAGAACAUUCUUCAAGAAGUUUCCUCCUAAUGUGAAGUACAGCGAUCGACCAACGCUGGUUAACUCACCCGAUGCUAAUCCAUUCUUACCUAACAAACACCCUGUUACAGGCAGAUACCACAACCCAAAAUAUUCAUUGAGACGUAUGAGUGAUCUUUACAAGCUUGCUCACCAAUAUGGGCUACAGAACCUUUUACCACCGAACAAAAAGCUAUUUUUUGAGGAGAAGUAUGACCAGAAGAAAUUGAUGAAGGGUGUUUUACUUCCCAAAGGGCACAAAUAUGAGCUUCGGUACGAUGAAAAGAUGAAGAAGAUGGAAGAGGCAAUUAAAAAUGCCGACCAGUUCAUUUUAGAGACAAGAGGUAAAAAGUACCUGAAAAAAAUCGAGAAAAGGAAACAAAAGAAUCACCAGAGCUGGUUUUGA